GGAAUGCAGUCUUUAGUAAUAUUCGUCAUAGGCACUCUGCCGAUGGUCCUCGUAGCACUAAUCAGUGAAAAUCGAAAAUUCAUUGAAGCGGUCAACCAGCUGAGGGAAGCCAACAGGACUAUGAACGGAUAUCUGCCUUUUCCAGUACCUUUUCAAGUCUCCAUACAAGUUAAACUCGGUAGGAGGUACCAGCAUCUAUGUGGCGGCAGCAUCAUUCACGAGCAAGUCAUCUUAACAGCGGCGCACUGCUUCUAUCAAAAACAUCCAACGAAACAUCUAAGGGUGAUUGCCGGUGUACAAAAUCUUUCAGAGGACACGGUUCAACGUUACGACGUUGCGCAAGUUAUCCAGCACAAGGCCUUUGCACCUCUAAAAGGUUAUGAUAUCGCUCUGGUUAGUCUAACUUCGCCGUUGCCCAUGGAUGGUGUUCAUUUUGAUACGGUGGAUUAUCGAUCCGGAGGCAAUGUCGAAGACAGCCUAGAAGCAUAUCUUAUUGGUUGGGGUCGAACAAAGGGAAUGCUGGAGAUUGUUGCUUUCACGACGGUCCAAUCGAAUGAUUGUCGGUUGUUAGGCUUUACUUAUGUAACCAGCACUGAUUUGUGCGCUUAUAGCGCCAACGGACGUGGAGCYUGCGAUGGCGAUUCUGGUGGUGCAUUACUUACCGCAAAUCUUACCAAACAGGUUGGACUGCUGUCGUAUGGCAAGUCUUUUUGUAAGAGAAAUCACAUCUAUGUCUAUACAAGUACGUUUCGCUUGAUUGACUGGAUAGACGGACAAAUUGAAAAUUUGGUAGGCACACAGAAUUUUCGAGCAUGAUGUACUGAAAAUAAAUGUAACCGCAACGCUUGUAACGUA